AUGGCGCCGCCUUCCUUUUCGCCCGACACAUCCAUCUCUUCGCAUACCCUCUCAAUCGGCUCGGCCCAGCCACCGCAUAUGGAACUCCAACCGUCCGCCGCGACUUCGCCUUCAAGUCUACUCACCAAACCACUAGCCUUCUUACAGCCCACUCCUCAGCUCAAUGCGACAUUUCUGGCCGCUGCGAAACGGUACCUAGAUCCAGUGGCUGCCGGUGUAAGCGCGUCACAAUCGCAACGGCAACAAGAUUUGCGCAAGAAGCGGAAGCGGGGCGGUGGCUACGACGAUGAUAUUAGCGUGUUACACUUGAAGAAGGUGCAUCUGGACGGAUUUGGCAUAAAUCAAGUCUUCGAGCAGACGCGCAAGAUUGUCGAGGCGACGACAGAUGAGAUUGAGCUUUCGUUGCCCGACCAAGAUGACGGAGUCGUGACUGUGCUCGACGGCGAAGAAGACGACGAAGGCAUCGAGGAAGCCGAGGAGCAAUACCAUACCGAUUCAGACAUAGGCGAAGAGGGUGUAGACUGGGAGUACGAUGGAGUAGACGAAGACGAGGAUGAAGAAGCGCUCGAUGGAGAGCAGCAGGAUGACGAAGACAUCGACAUGGAAGACGGAGCAGAUGGCAUCUUCUCUGACGAAGCAUCCGAAGAUGCGCCUGCAGAAACCUACCAACCCGAUCCCAACGGCCUCAACGACGGCUUCUUCUCUAUAGACGACUUCAAUAAGCAAACCGACUUCCUAGAACAGCAAGAUCAAAGAGGAGAGGGUGUGGACAGCGACGACGACGAGGUAAACUGGGAAGCAGACCCUAUGGAAGACGGCCCAUCCAAAGGCAAAGCCAAUGGUUUUGCAGGAGAUGCAUCCGACGACGAGUCUGACGAGGGUGGACCAACCUUCGGCAACGCAGACCUAAAUGCACCAGAAGGCGACAGUGGCGAUGAAGACGAUCUCGAGGAAGGUGACUUGGAUGGUCUUGAUACCGGCAUGAACGCCAACAACGUCAUGUACAAGGACUUCUUCGCACCCCCUGCCCAGAAAGCGAGCAAAAACAAGAGCGGCAAGAAGCGUGGACGACCCAACCCACACAACUUCCCCGAGAAGCAGUCACAACCUGAACAGGAAACUGAGGAGGACGUCGAAAGAACCAUAGCCAAGGUGCACCGAGAUCUCUUCGAAGAUGACGACGAUGUGGAAAGCGAAGGCGACCUCUCCGACGUAGACCCCGCAGAUCCGAAGUCAAGGCGAUCAACACACGAACGAAGACAAGCCAAGAUCGCAGAGGAAAUCAGGAAGCUAGAAGCGGCCAACGUUGCGAAACGAGAAUGGCAGCUAUCUGGUGAAGCUCGCGCAGCAGACCGACCACUGAACUCGCUUCUUGAAGAGAACCUCGAGUUCGAGAGAGCCGGCAAGCCGGUACCGAUAGUCACGCAAGAAACCUCAGAGGACAUUGAAGCGUUGAUUAAGCGACGCAUCUUAGCUGGGGAAUUCGACGAGAUACAUCGCCGCAGACCAGACGAUCUCGCCACCGGUCCCCGCCGAGGUCGCUUCGAACUCGACGACACGAAAUCUGGCAAAGGCCUCGCCGAGAUCUACGAAGAAGAGCACCUACGAGAAACUGAUCCCAACUUCGUCGAAGCCAAGGACGAGAAGUUGAAAAAGGAGCACGACGAAAUCGCCGGCCUAUGGAAGAGCAUAUCUGCUAAACUUGACUCCCUCAGCUCCUCUCACUUCAAGCCCAAGCCUGCAGCACCUAACCUGGAGAUUCGCACAGACGCACCCGCUAUCGAGAUGGAAGACGCGCGUCCCACUGCCGGCGGCGAAGUCGCCGGCGCAAGCAUGCUCGCGCCACAAGAGAUUUACAAGCCCGGUGAGGAGAAGAGCAAGAAUGAGAUUGUCACAAAGAGCGGUAUGCCAGUCUCACACGAGGAAAUGUCACGGGAAGAGAAGAUGUCUAGACGAAGACGCGCCAAGGAGAGGGCGAAGAAGGCUGGCCUCAACAAACCGGUGGAAAAGAAGACCGAGGGUAAGGAGAAGAAGAGGGGCGAGAAGAAGCAGUUACUCGGCGAUCUUAAGAAGGGUGGCGUACAGAUCAUUGGACGGAAGGGUGUGCUUACUGAUGUUGAGGGCAAGGAAGUCAAGGAGGCUGCGAAGAGGGGCGCGGGAAGCUUCAAAUUAUAA